AUAUUUAGUCUUUGUUUUGAAAAAUCAAAUAUACUUCAUUGAAAUAAUAAUAAUUCAAUUAAAAAUGUCGAAUGGGAGAGAGGCGACAGACAUGGCGACACUAGGGUUUUAACAUGACGUUGCGAUUGGAGCGGCCAGAAGGUGUUUUGCGGCCAGAUCUGGUGGUGAUUGAGAUUGAGUUUCGAUUGGUUUAUGUGGGUGUCCGGUCUGAGCCUAAAUGGCUCGGUUUUUAUCGGAUCUAUUUGGUUAUGGAAGAUUCGGAGAGGUGCCCCAAUGGUUUUCCGGUGAUUCUUAGUGGUUCUCUGGUGUUGGUUUGGGUCUUCAAUUGGUUGAUAUAUGAGAUUGGUACUCCUUUUGUUAGGUUUUCGUUUUCGGUCUAUAGAGGUUUUUGUUCGAAAUUGGAUGCAGGUUCUGGAUCAAAUCGAGAAGCUUCUCCCAUCUGGUUCUAUGGGGGUUUGGAAGGUGUGGAUGGGUGGUCGGUGGAGCAGUCAAAGUCUUGGAGAUGGGCUAUAGGGCAGAGGUUUCCACAAGGAAACGGUUUGUGGUUUUCAAAUCUUCUCGUAUUUGAGAUGAUUUAUCAUCCGUUCUUGAUGAUUGAUCUCUUUCAGAGAUCUUUGGUGAGCUACAAGGUUUCUUAUAGUCACAAUUUUGUGGGUCGGGAACGAAAUAUUUCGGUUGAAAUCUCCGAUCAAAAGGGGAAAAAUCAGAGGUUUUGUUGUAAGGUUUUUAUUUUAGGCUAUUAUGUUAAAUUCAAUUCUCGGAUCAUAUAUGUCUGUGUUAUUGAAGUAAUGAUAAAAGGAAUGAAUUGUUUUAUCUCUGGUUCGUAUGGUGUAUUGGUGAUGGAGAUCAUGGAAAAAUAUUACUGGUUAUAUGCUAUCUCGGAACUUUGGUACUUGGUUGGUAAAAAAGGACUUGCUAUAAACGUAUGUUUUACGUCGAGGUCUAUUGCAAAUCAAGUGAAUGAAGGUCAGAACCUGAUAUACCAUGAUAUGGUGAAGGGCUUCACGGAUGGACGCAACCCACCUAUAUUAAAGGUUGAUAAAUGAAAGUUUUAAGUUGGAAUUGUCAAGGUCUCGGAAAUAAGGCAACUAUCGGGUAUCUUCGGGAUUUGUGGAAGCAACAUCGGCCGGAUUUUUUGUUUCUUUCGGAAACAAAACAAUCUUCGUUAUUUAUAGAAAAAUUUGUUGGUCAUUUUGGUUAUAAAAAUUUUAAAACGGUAGAUCCUAUCGGUUGUAGUGGGGGCUUAGUUCUUUAUUAUAAUAAUGAUUACAAUGUUUCAAUUAUUUAUGAAA